GGUGAAAACGCAAUCAUAUCUACUGCAGUUUGACCUAAAUUCGAGGUAACACAGCAACGUCUGUCACAGGCCAAGAGCUCAAGACCAAUUUGUAGGCCUAUUGUUUUGGCUACAACAACAUAUUUUAUAUCUAAUUUAGUGUUUUUCUGUGGUUGAUAAUUUGGGCACAAAGAAUUCUCUACAAACUGGUUGUUGGAGGAAUAAAAUGCCUAUUGUGACAAUUGAAACCAAUUUAACAUACGCUCUGUUACCAGAGGAUUUCGGCCCAAAUCUGUCCACAUUUACCAGUGAGACACUGAACAAACCAGAAGAACGGAUUACAAUCAGCCUAGUAACCGAUCGCCGAAUGUGGCGCAAUGGGAGUGAUUUGCCUAUGAUGCAAAUUUACAUUUCAGCCAUAGGGGCAGUUUCAAGUGCCGAACAGAAUACAGUCCAUGCGCAAAAAUUUACAGAUUUUAUCAAGUCACAAACAGGUCUCCCGACGGAAAGAAUUUUCCUUUUAUUUACUCCUCUGGAAACUUGGCAAAUAGGGAAAGAUGGAAUGGUGGCAUGUUAAACCAAUGUCGCUUGUUAAGGAAGCAGGUGAUCAGGACAUCUGCAGGAAUCAUAAUAUAGGUUUUCAUUCAUUACUAAGGGUUUUCAAUUCUAUUCCAACUCUUUCUUUAUGAAAUCCUUAUUAUUGAACAAUUUGUUUUGCAAUUUUCCUGCCUUUCUUUGGAUCAUACAAAUAGAAACUUAAAUGGGUUACUGAGUAAAGAAGCAUUCAAUGUUUUGGGAUAACCCAAAUUCAAUUGAAACAGAAAAUCCCAUAUUUUUAAAUGACAUUUUCUCCAUGUAAUAUGGUUCUCCUGUAGAUAAAGAUGACCAGCAACAAUAAAUGUAGAAUCUAGCCUCUA